AGUCUGCAUUUCCUGAGAGGCGGAGAACAGCGAGAGAGAGAGAGAGAGAGGUGAGAGUCCAACUACCUCCGCCCAGAGAGACGACCCAAGGGUAACAGCAGUCAAGAGGGCAAGAUUUUUGUCCUUCUGCCCUUGCCCCCAUGGACGAACUGGACUUAUUGUUGGCCGAACUCGAGCAAACGUCAGUGAGCAGCCGGGAAGGAGACCCGACCCCGCAAGCUUCCUCGGAUGUUAACCUCAUCACAGCGUGCCCUACGAAGAGCAGUCCCCAGGCACCCGAUGCAUCCAACCCAGUGCUCUUACAAGUAGUCUACCAGACCCGAUUUAACGAAGCAGCAAAGGUCACGGGAGAUGAAGUUAACAGAAGUACUCCAGUUGGCAGCAAGGUAGCGGAGGGUCCUCAGGUUACCACGGAAACCCAGCUCCUGAGUCCAAAGUCAGCGGCCCAACAGCUUGAUGACAUCAUGGCUAACCUCAAUUGUAGCCUUGAUCUGAGCGGGCUGGAAGAGAGACCGCCCGUUCCCGCCAAGGAAGCCGCUCAUCCGAGAGCAGAGACGAACCUGGACCACAUAUUGGGCGCUUUGGAAUCUGACCUCCACCAGCUGGGGGUCAGCACCGACGCCAAGGGGCUCUGUGGCUCCUGCAAGAAGCCAAUCAUCGGCACGAUUGUCACAGCAUUGGGUAUGAACUGGCACCCGGAGCAUUUUGUUUGCGCACACUGCAACGAUGAGAUCGGGCUGAGGGGAUUUUACGAGCGCGAUUGCCAGGCGUACUGCGAGAAAGAUUAUCACGCCUUGUUCUGCCCUCGUUGCGCAUACUGUGGUGGACCCAUUCUCGACAAGGUGCUCACGGCGCUGGAUAAAACCUGGCACCCGGACCAUUUUUUCUGCACUCACUGCGGUGAGAAAUUCGGAAGUGAGGGUUACCAUGAGAAAGGUGGGAAGCCAUACUGCCGCAAGGACUAUUUCAACAUGUUCGCUCCCAAGUGUGGCAGCUGUGAUCACCCGGUGUUGGACAAUUAUCUAUCUGCACUCAACAGUGUCUGGCAUCCAGAGUGCUUUGUGUGUAGGGAGUGUUUCACCCCAUUCGCUGGCGCCAGUUUCUUCGAACUGAAUGGGAUGCCUUACUGCGAGCUGCACUGGCACCAGCGCCAGGGGACACUGUGCAGCGGGUGCCAGAAACCCAUCAGCGGGCGCUGCAUAUCGGCACUGGGCCGGAGGUUCCACCCAGAGCACUUUGUCUGUGCAUUCUGCCUCAAGCAGCUCAGCCUGGGGAGCUUCAAGGAGCACAAGGACAAACCCUACUGCAACCCGUGUUUCCUCAAGUUGUUCGGCGCACUUUAGUCAGCACCUUCCCAGGACCCUCCGACUCCCCGUUCUCUCUGCUGCAGGAGCCUCACCCGACCAGCACCCCAAACAGGAAGGACAUGGACGUCAAUGCAAACAUCAAUUCCACAGCCUGCUCUCUGCUUAUCAUGAUUCACUGGGCCGCUCACCUUAUGCAAUAAACGUGUUGCUUUCCAUUC